AACCAUGCCGAAAAAACAGCAACAUAACGCGUUUUACUUCUUCAUGCAAGACUUCAGGAAGACGCAAGAGGCUCAAGGGAAAAAAUUUCCCGGUGGCCUCCAAGAAAUCGCCACAGUUUGCAGCCCGGAGUGGCAGAAAAUGACGGAUCAACAAAAAGGGCCUUAUGAGGCUCGUGCCAAAAAUGCUAAGGUAAAAAGCGGUAUCAGUGGUAUGAAAUACACUUCGCAGGGGGUGCCAAUCACACUCAUAGAAAAGGAAGCCAAAAGGAAACAGGAGUUCGAAGACAAUAUGAAUGACUACAUUAAAAUGACAGUCAACAUGACGGGUCACAUAGAUGAGUUGAUCAGCAAGAAGUUUUACUUCAUUCAUGUGAACUGGCUUUGUCGAAAGCUCCUUCCAAAUGGAGAGGGUGAUUUUUAUCCCAUUGAGUUCGCUGUCGCUGAGUUCUCGCUUAAGGAUGGUGUUGCCAAACCUUACCACGAAAUCAUUGACUUGGACGUUCCAAUGGGAUACGCAUCUGAUGCCUUACAACACUCAGAGGCUACUCAUAAGAUUAGUCCCAACCCGCCUGGUGGUGAAAAAAACUUUAGCAUCAUGUAUCAGCGAUUGAGAAACUUACUGAAACCUGAAACAGUUGGUGAUGAAUUACCACCACUGUAUACUACAAGAGGCGUAAUGGAAAUUGUGCCCGGACUAUUGAGCCGAAUGGCUAAGACUGUCGGCCAAACAGCCGACAUGUUCCGAGUUUAUUCAUUGGAAACACUUUUUUAUCACAUUCGCAACACUGCUGCAUCAAAGAUUGAUACUGUCGGUUUUCCAGCGCUUACAAUAGCAGAGGACCAAAUACACAGGGAUAUUUUUGACUAUGUGUCAGGUAUCGCAUGUGAUUAUCAUCAAAAUAUAGAUGGAGCAACAAUGCACUGUAGCUUAUCUAUUGUGAUUCGGUGGGCAUAUACCAUAUGUGAUUUUUGUUGCUUGGAUGUGGGCAUUGAAAUGAAGCCCGGAGCCCAUUGUCCACUGAAUACUGACAUGGAUCGUAUAAGAGAUUUGAAGGAAAAGCGGGAAAGUGACAUGGAUAAUUUGAUGGCUGAAAGUGUAAAUCGAAUCAGAUCUAUGACAGGGGUGACUGAAGAACAUAGGGUGAAAACCUCUGCGCGUACUUACAAGGAAGACCAAGAACGGCGACAAAAUUUUCAACCAUUAAAAAUUAUAGAUCAUAGCAAAUUGCUAAAUUCCAAUGUACCAGAUAACAAAUGUGAUCCGAAUGCACCAAGCACUAGUAUUCAAUCUACUUCUACUUUAGCGCAGAAGAAGGUGGAAAGACCGCUUCGGUUACCAUAUGGACCAAGUUUCGCCAUGAGCAUAAGUGACACCGAGAAAGUACCGAGUAUGGAUCAAAUGAACUUCCCAGCGAUUGGUGGCAGAGGAAUCAAUUUGAGGAAGGCUUCUACCGAAAAGUUUCCGCCAAUUGGCCGUGGUCGCGGUAGCACGUUCGGCAAUUAAAUAUUAAAUACAUCAAUGUAUAAGCAUUUUAUAAGGCACUGUAAAUGAAUCUAACCAAAUGACGAAACAUCCGUGAUAUUUAAGCAUAUAGAUAUAAGUUAAGUUGAUAUUAGAGCAAACGAAACGAAGUUUUGGUGCUUUACGUAAACGAUGACAGUUAUUUUUAUUGUCGCAGGUAUUUUUCAUUCUUAAAUAUGUUCAUAGUCAAAUGCAUAUUAUUUUCUUCUUCAUUUUCUUUGAUUUCAUAGUUACGCUUACUCAUAUUGACAUUUUAUUACUGUCACUCAAUUGACGUAUUCAAACAGAAAAGAAAUUCGUUUACUCAGCUUCUAUUAGUUCGUUACAACAAAAGUAGUUUGCCGAUGCGUAUUAUUUAUGUCGUAUGAAUCGAACUAUUUUGUUUUAGUUUUAAUGUGAUAAAUCUUUGUAUAAUUAUAAUUCAAAAACAUUGUUUCAACUUUAUCCAUUUUUGACGAUCAUUAGAAAUAACGGACUCUCCUACAGAGUUACACAAGUUUGUAUGAAAUCAAUUUAUAUUUUAUAAAUAAAUUUUAUAUGUCAACCCGUUUUCCA